GGAGCGCGGCGCGCAAUAAUGGCGACUCCCAGCCUACGAGGACGCCUGCCGCGGCUUGGGAACCCGCGGAAACCUACCCUGAAGCCCAACAAACCCCUCAUCCUAGCUAACCGCGUCGGGGAGCGGCGCCGGGAGAAGGGCGAGGCGACAUGUAUCACGGAGAUGUCGUUGAUGAUGGCUUGCUGGAAGGAGAAUGAAUUCCGAGACACUGCGUGCAAAAAAGAGAUCGAAGACUUCUUCGAUUGUUCUUCGAGGGCAAAGGAAGCCCGAAAGAUGAAAUCAUCCCAGGAGACCCUGGGAGAGUCUGGAACUUUAUCUCCGAAGAAAAUGAAUAAGUUGAUACAAAGGUUUCCUAAUAAAUCUCACCUCAUCUGAAAAUGGAAAAGCAUAUUUAUGGGCCGGGGAUUUAGCUCAGUGGUUCGGUGGCCUGCCUUGCAAGCGCAAGGACCCGAGUUCAAUCCCUGGUACCAAAAGAAAGAAAAGCAUAUUUAAUGAUUGGACUGUCAUUUCUCUUUUGGUGGAGGGUACUAGGGAUCAAACUCAUGACCUUGCACUUUCUAGGCAGGUGUUGCGCCACUGAAUACUUGGACUGUCAUUUCUGAGAACUGUGCAGAGGCAUUUUAAAGACAUUUGUAUCAUCAUGCCUCUUUUGUAGGGUAAAAUGAAGCAAAACACUUUUUUUUCCAUUCACUGGAGCCAUGGUCUGCAUGGAAGUUAUGCUUUAUCUUGAAAUAAAAUUUUCUGAAGAGAGAUUGGGUCUUAUUGUGA